AUGUCCAGUUCUUUUAUCAAAGCCCAAAAAAGAAUUGCCAUUGGUUUAAGUGGUGGAGUAGACUCGGCGGUAGCGGCUUAUUUUUUAAAAAAGGAGGGUCAUGAGAUAAUUGCGAUUUUUAUGCAAAAUUGGGAUGAUUAUUUGGGUGGACAACCAACGAAUAUUUGUUCCCAAACUCAGGAUUGGGAUGACGCCCAAGCCAUUGCUCAUCAAUUAGAUAUUCCAAUCUAUAAAGUAGAUUUAAAAAAAGGAAUUACUCCUAAUCCUGAUAUUUUGUGUAACAGUGUGAUCAAAUUUCAUUAUUUUACUGAGCACGUAAAAAAGGAGUUUGCGACUGAUUUUAUCGCUACCGGUCAUUAUGCGAAAAUAGUUCAGGAAGGCAAGGAAUAUUAUUUAAGUAAACCCAAAGAUAAUAGUAAAGACCAAACCUAUUUCCUGUGCCAAAUUGACCGUAAUUUAUUAGACAAAAUACUUUUUCCUCUGGCUAAUUCAACUAAAAAGGAAAUUCGUCAGAUUGCGGAAAAAGCCGGGCUAAUUAAUGCGCAAAAAAAAGAUUCGACUGGCAUUUGUUUUAUUGGCGAGCGCAAGUUUGAAGGUUUUUUGACUAAUUAUUUUCCCAAAAAAAAAGGAGAGGUAAUAGAUGUUGAUGACAAAAAAGUGAUAGGGGAGCAUUUUGGAACUCCUUUUUUUACUAUCGGACAGCGCCGAAGUCUAGGUCUUCACGGGCAAAAAAAACCUCAUUAUGUAGUAGGAAAAAAUAUUAAAAAAAACCUAAUUUAUGUGGCAAGUGGCUGGGAUAAUAAUAAUCAAAACAUAACUGCUAAAUUUCGUUAUCGCCAACCGGAAAUUCCGGUAAAAAUUACUCCCCUAACCGAUUUUAAGGAAUUAAAAGUAGAAUUUUCCGAAAAACAACGAGCCAUUACCCCUGGACAGUAUGCCGUUUUUUAUCAAGAUAAUAUUUGUUUAGGCGGUGGGGUAAUUUUUAAUACGGAAAGAAAUAAGGAAAAUAGCGAACCCAACAUUUAA